GCUGAUUCGGAUUAUAGAGCCGCACAGACGGAAAAGGUCUGUGAACAGCCAGGCGUUCUACCAUGCCUGUCCCCCCACCCUUCAAUCCCCGCAGACAAAAACACCUACCCCACACACACCACCCCGAAGACAGAGCAGAGGGCUCCGACUUCCCCUCCCUCUUCCCUCUGCCCAGUCUGUCCGUCUCUCUUCUGUCCCCUCUUUUUGUUUCAUCUCUGUCAACUUCAUCCCAUCUCAUCCACUGCGCCUGUCCCAGGACUGCAAAGAGAACCCUCCCGGACUCUGUCCCUUUCCCAGUCUUUCACUGGCUGACUUUGGUCACAUGCUGCCUGCUUCCUUCUCUAAUUGGAGCAGGGGAGACGUGGGGUGUGGUCUCGGCCUGUCCUUUCCACUGCGUGUGUCGAAACCUUUCGGAGUCACUGAGCACGCUCUGUGCCGACAAAGGCCUCCUGUUCGUCCCACCGCAUGUUGACCGGCGGACAGUUGAGCUGCGACUGGCCGACAACUUUAUAACAGAAGUGGGCGGAAAUGAUUUUGUCAACAUGACCGGAUUGGUUGAUCUGACACUGUCAAGGAACACCAUCCACCUUAUUAGACCAAUGGCCUUUGCUGACCUGGAGAGUCUACGCUCUCUGCAUCUGGAUGGUAAUCGCUUGACAAUACUCGGACCUAGAGACCUUGCAGGUUUGGUCAAUCUGCAGCACCUGAUUGUCAACAACAACCAGCUGAUCAAGGUCUCCGUGCAGGCUUUCGAUGACUUCUUGCUCACACUGGAAGACCUCGACUUAUCUUACAAUAACCUCAGGAGGGUACCAUGGGAGUCCAUUCAGAACAUGGCCAGUCUGCACACACUAAACCUGGACCAUAACCUGAUAGAUCACAUAGCGGAAGGAGUCUUUGGAGAGCUGUAUAAGCUUGCAAGGCUGGAUAUGACCUCCAACAGGCUCCGAACCCUGCCUCCUGAUCCUCUCUUUGCAAGGUCUCAGACAGGUGCAAUAAGUCCUACCCCAUACAAUGCUGUCAUAAGCCUAAAUUUUGGAGGGAACCCACUGCACUGCAAUUGUGAGCUGCUAUGGUUAAGGCGCCUCAUCCGUGGAGAUGACAUGGAGACGUGUGCCACUCCUGCUCACCUUGCUGGAAGAUAUUUCUGGUCAAUUCCUGAGGAGGAGUUCACAUGUGAACCACCUCUCAUCACUCGCCACACGCACAAGCUGUGGGUUCUGGAGGGCCAGCGAGCCACGUUAAAGUGCCGCGCCAUUGGUGACCCCGAGCCGGUAGUCCACUGGGUUUCACCAGAUGAUCGCAUCAUCGCAAACUCAUCGCGGACCAGCUCCUUUAGCAACGGGACCUUGGAUAUCUUGGUAACAGUAGCCCGUGAUGACGGGGCAUAUACAUGUAUCGCAAUAAACGCAGCAGGUGAAGCAACUGCCACUGUGGAUCUCAAAAUAAUCCCCCUGCCUCACCGGGGUGGAAACGCUGGGAGCAACAGUGUUAACACCAAGAACAACAGGAACGUGACCAAUGGAAUUUUACGGACCGAUCCGGGCUCGUCGGAUAUUAGCACGGCCAAAAAUGGAGGGAUUAACAAUGGUGGUGGACGCGGAGGAGAGCCAGAGGAUGGGAAAAGAGGUGGAGGGGAUGACGAAGAGGGUGACGGCGGUAGGGCAUCUGAAGGAGAGAGGACUGAUGGAGGAAGCAUGGAGGAGGAAGAGGGGGACGAAGAGGAAGGAAGGAUGAUUGGAGUACAGGGAGUAACAUCGACAUCGGCUCAGGUCCGAUGGGAUUUGGGGCGUUUGUCUGGAGCUUACGUUGUCUGGAUGUAUCAGAUACAGUACAACUGCACCGCCGAUGAGACGCUCGUUUACAGGAUCUUACCGUCAACCAGUGAUCGAUUCCUGCUGAAGAACCUGGUUUCUGGUGUGGACUAUAAUCUUUGUGUGUUGGCCAUUUUUGAUGACACAAUCACAUCUUUAGCUGCAACAAAGGUUCUGGGCUGCACAACCUUCUCCACCAAGGAUGUUUACCCUUCAGAAAGUGACAGAACGCCCCUCUACUACUCCCCUUCUCCCCCCUCAACCCUUCCCCGUCAGUCGCGUCAGAGGGAGCGCCCAAGGCCCCGGCUGGAGCGAGAGCUGACCAACCGUGCUAGUUUUUCUCUCGCGGCGCCCCUGAGAGACUCGGAGCUGUUGGACUGGAGAGUCACACCCAGAGGCAGGGACAAAUGGAACUCCUCACAGGCUUAUCAGAGCCCCGUUUCCCCUCUGAGCCCCGCCUGUGGAACAGUUAGCAAACGGAGGCACUCGCUCGAUAUGGGCUCCUCGGUCGCGCUAGCGACUGAUGCCGCAGCAAGUGUCGCCAGGCGCUACGGCGCUGUCAGUUAUGCCAAGCGGCUAAGCGUCAUCUGGACAAGGCGGAGCCAGUCGCUGCAUGGAAUGCUGGUGCAGUGCGCUUCGACAGCAAGCACAGCUUCGUCGACCACGAGCGACGAGUGCGAAAGCAGCAGCGGGUUCGGGGGUCACUGUGAUUUCCAAAGGGGAUAUAUUCAUGCUUAUAACGCCACCAAUUCCAACUCUAACACUGGGAUUACUCCCGGGAAAGCAAAUAAUGGAAAAGACAGGUGUAGGGAAAAAGGAAAGGAUGGAAAGAGCGCGGAAGAACUGGAGGAAAGCGUCGUAUAGGGGCACGGAUUACAAAAAGUGGAGGGGAUAAAGGGUUCAGUAUGAGGACAGUUUGAAUGAGAUGCUGAUUUAAGAAGGCCAAAGAGGUGAGGAGGGAUUACAAAAGCAAAACUGUUUUAGAUGAAAAACUUUUCCAGUUCAGAGGAAGGGAGGAGAGCAAGUGACUCAAGUGUCACUAAUGCAGCUUCUUGUGAGGUAAGAGAAGAGAGUAAACCAAGAAGUGAGGUCAGGAUUUGUAAGAGGCUCUCCGAGGAACCUUCAAAGUGAUGGCAGAGAAAUGUGACCAAAAAAUAAAUUAAUUAAUUAAAAAAAAAAAUCUUUAAAAAUUCAAGGCAACGGGGAAAAAAAAGUACAAUCAUCGCAGUGACAAAGAAAGGAAAAAAAAUAUGUGAGAGGGACGUGGGGGAUGUAAAUUAAGGAAAUAAUGAGGGAAAACAGCAGUAAGGAAACAGAACAAAGGUAACAGCAGAGGAGGAGAUGUUGUGACCUGUGUGGAUCACACUAACACAACCAUUCAAUUCUCCAGAGUCUCAGCUCCCACACCACCACGAGGCUUUACACCGGAUCAAGAACACCACCACCACCACUGUUAAUACUGGAGAAACACUUGUGACAGAAAUGCAUCAGUGAAAAGGUCUGGAUGACACAGCCCCACUCUGUUGUUUUGGCUUUCACGCAGACGGCCAUUUUGAAGCUCUUUUCUGAAUGUGACUUUUAUGUGUCCUCUGUGUCUGGACAAUGAUUUUGGCUCGCUGCGCCUGCGGAUUAUGGGAGUAUAAAUACAGAGCUGGGUGCAUUGGACAUGAUCAAUCGAUACAGGC